GUUCGGAAAAUAUAUACAAAAUGGCGUCGUCGAUCGGUUCUUGAAGGCCGUGUUAUUUUUCGUUUUCGUGAAAAUCGUCGUUUACCCGGGCGAAAAUUGUGUGUGAAUGCGCGAAAAACUUAUCGGGGCGUCGUGCUCGUGAACGGCGGCCCGACGUUUACCCAUCGAAAGAAACGUUUUAAUAGAACGUGGAAAAAAAAAUGUAGAAGUGUUUCUUUGUGUGUUUUGUACGGAGUGUAUUUGGUCGACGACCGCGGAGAGAUACCAGAAGAGACGUUUUUAACUAUAUACAGGGAGAACCAAAUUUCUCUACGUACAACCGCAAAAAGGAUAUUUUUUUAAAAAAGAAGAACAGGUUGUUGGUUGGCGGAAAAAGAAUCUCAAUUUUUAUUUUUGGGAAAAACGGAAAAUUUUUUUUUUGGGAUUCAUCUCAUGCGGUUUAUUUAAGACGAGAAGAAGUGAACGAAAAAGAAAAAGAUCAUCUAAUCAACAUCUCAAGAGCCAUGUCGAAGACAUCCGAUUCAUUAUAAUUUAAUAACCAGGAUGUUUUCUUCGCGACAAAAUAAAAUGUUUCUACAAAACGACCGUCCUCCUCCCGGUUCUCAACGAGCGACGACGUCAACAACACCGGAAAAAUUUGAUAAAACCCUCGUUGAAAUCCAACGAACCGACAACGUUCAUUUAAAUUUAUCUUCAACUUGUUGUUUUUCAAGAUCGAUAGAUCGAAGAGGAAACUCGAUGAAAAUCUGUGAUGAUGAUGAUGAUGUUUACCGAAAAAGGAUUCAGAAAAGUGUCACAAGUAAUUUAAAAACAACUAAUACUCGUAAAAACGGUGAUAAAAACUUUAAUUAUUAUUAUUAUUAUUAUAGUUCGAUUUAUUUAUUAAUUUUAAACGCGUGCCUAUCAUAUUUUAUUUGUAUUUUAAACAUUAAAGGAGCAAAAAGUUGUUAUAAAAAAUGGUUAUUCCUAUUAUUAUUAACAAUAGUAAUAGGAAAAAGUCAUGGAUUUAGCAAUGAAUUCGAAAAAACCGAACAAUUCCUCGACAAAAUCAAUUUGGAACAAAGCAUAGCCGCCGUUUUUAAUAAAGUCGCAUAUGGGAGUACCACGAAGCGUUCCAUACCGGAUACGGCUUAUCCAAUUACCACUUUAGCAACACCCCUUUUAACCACUUAUCGAUAUUCAGAUGGUUCUGAGGAGUUUUAUCGAGUCGAUAUUAAGAAGCAACCCGAAAAUGAGUUCGAAUACGAAUCUAAUGAGGAUGGAAUUCGAGAUUUUGAUAAUCCAGGAUAUGGAGCUAACUUAGAAAAGGAUCAUGUUUUACCAACAACAGCCCCAGCGGCGGAUAUUUUAAAAAAUAAUAACAACAAGAAUUACGAGAACCCAAAUCGCUACAACAACGAUAGGUUGAAACCGAAUUAUAACGACCACCAAACUGAGAAUCCCUUCAAAACAACCACCGGUUAUAAUCCGCUGAGGAAUGUUCGACCAACAAAAUCGAUUUAUAGCAAGGAUGUACCAAGUUACGUCCCUCCAAGUCGCGCUUUUUUCACACCACCACUCCCACCGGAAUAUUUAAAUCCUUUCGCUGAUAAACCAACGCUCCGCGGAACUAAUUCCGAUGGAUUUGGAAAUAGGAGACCAAUUCCACCACCGUCGUUGAUGCCCAAUAAAGAUCGGAUACCAUUCAGACCCGAUAUCCCAAAUAAAGUUAAUAUAGAAAAAGUCCCCGAGCGUCCAAACAACAAUUUCAACCCCAACAUCAACAUUUCGAGCGAAAACGAAAGAAAGAAAACGUUAAACACCCCCUCGAACGUAAAUUUAGACCGCCUAGGCGAAUUUUACGGCGGACAACGAGUCAACGAGAGCAGUUUUGAGUACGAAAAGGGGUACAUUCCGAGCAUAACGAGGAUUUUGAGCGGCUCAAACGGCCGUCACGACGAUAUUUCCGAUAUCUUAUUAAAAUCCGUCACUGCGACUCCAAAUUUAACCCAAAAGAAUGAACAAAAAACUCAGAGAAAUUCCAAUUUUAACCCGAACGUUAAAGAUAACACCGAGAAAGAUGUUAAAGUUAAAAAGGAAGAGAUUGAUGUUGUUAAUAAUAGCAAUAAUAAGGAAAGUAAUAAUAAGAAUAAUCAAGAGGAGCGUUUGGAGAGUGUUACGAUUAAAAAGGAGACUUUAAUCAAUAAUAAUAAUAAAGUUAAUGAGAUGACCACGCAAAGUAGCGAGUUUAAUUUGAAAAAUGUUGAGAAUGGGAAUAAAACGAAGAGUACGGAUGAGAUUUGGUUGAUUUGUUGGAACGUCCAUGUUUAUUUGGUCGUUUUGGGUUUUGUUAUUUUGGCUUUGUACUCGAUUUAUAAAUUGAUUAGGUAUGAAACGACGCCUCAUAUGUUUUCGAAAAGCUCGUUUUUAACGAUUCAUUUAAUGCUGACGGUUAUUUGCUUGCUUAGAAUUUUUUAUUUAAUGUAUGAUCCUUAUAAUAUCAACAGGUCGUUGAAUAUAUUCUUGUAUGAUUUUUUCCACAACUUUCCUUUAAGUCUGUUAGCGACCACAUUCGCGGUUUUAAUUCUAUUUUUGUUAAAACGGACGCUAACGCAUUUAAAGGUCAAAGCAAAGCCGGUUUUUUUGGUGAUUUUUGGAGUAAUCCACAUAUUUUUGUGUUUUUGUUUGAGCAUAUCUGAAACGCUGGGGCAUUUCGAAAAGGCGAGUUUGAUCGUGUGUAAGCCGGUUUUUGUGUUGCUCUCGUUGUCUUUGGGGGUGAGUUAUUUGUAUUUAUAUCGGAUCAUAAAGAACGUUUUGGCGAAAAAGAGCCAAAAUUUAUCCGAAAUUUGCACCCAAAACAUAAGUUAUGCAUCCCACGUUACAAUCGCGGUCGCUUUACUUUUUAUACUACUAGGUGGCGUGCAUUUGUACGCGCUCUUUAUUAUCAAAAUCGACCGAUUUAGUUCCGAAAACCACCACUGGCUGCUUUGGGGUUAUGAAUUAUUGGUUAGGUUUUUAGAAAUUUCGAUUGUGUCCCUCCUCGCGACCGUUGUAAGUUUGAAAAUGUCCCCGCGGGAAAAGCAAACAACCUCAUUUCCGUUAUUUCCUUGCGCGACGAGCGAAUCGAGCUCCGAUAACAUGUAUCCUAAUAAUUGCAACACAAACCCAAACGUCACUAAUUAUAGCCGAAACGAAAUGAUUUUGGAUAACUUACCAAAUCAAGAUCAAACGAUAGAGAGACCCAAUUUGCUGAAAAACACGUUCCAAAACGACUCAUUCGAUAAAAAAUCGACCCUCGAAAGACACCGAAGCGACGACCACAAUGAAAAUCAAACCCAACCUCAACGUUUCGAGCGAUUCGAGCGCCCCAAAUGGGGCUCCGAUCGAUUCGAAAAUCGAAACAACCUCAAUCCCGAAUUAACCCCCGGUGGGUUCGAGCGAAAUUCAUCCCGAUCGGAUCGAAACUCCUCAAGAAAACCAUCCUACGACGCAAAAUAUUACACAAAACCCAAAUACGACGUCGAAUACAACAACGACGACUACCAAAGGGACGUUUUCACGAACGAAAGUAACGUUUAUUCGGAACCUUUAGAUCACGCGAAUCAAUACGAAAGAACUAGGCAUGAAUUCGAAAGAAACGAUUUUGAUCGGAGAUCGAGAAAUUCGUCGAAUACUUCAGGGAGGAGAUCCACCACAGGGAGAUCGAGGAAAAAUCAACACCCAAGACCUCAUUUAGGAGUUCAAACUUUACCUAAUCACGAUGUUAGGAUUCAUCAAAAUGUGAUUCAAAAUAUGCAUCAAAAUGUGCAAAAUCAAAUUAAUUAUCAACAAGGUGUUGAAUCAAUGUUAGAAACGGAUCAAGGUUUUGUAAGGUUUCGAUUAAUGCAAGAAAUCGAGGGGCAACAAAUACACGGUGAAAAAAUGUCAUCGAAACGACAAAAAAAGCAACAUAAUAAUGAUAUUGGUGGUCAUUAUAGUGAUGAUUAGCCUUUAAUUUUUUAUGAUGGGCAAGUUAUGGUUUAAAUAAAAUAAAAUUAAGACCUAAAAAAGAAAGAAAUUAUAAAAAUUAAAAAAGUGAGGUUAGAUUUUCCUCGAUUAUCGAAAAAAAUUAAAAGUGGUUAAAACGGGGUGUUUUUACGAUUUUUGUGCUCAAAAUAAAUAAUUUGCCAUAAAAGAGCUUAAAAAAGUAAGAUGAUCUUUUAAAUUGAGAUCGAAAAAGAUUUUUUUCUUUAAUUAUAAAGAAAAAAAAAUGGACUUUAAGGUUAUGUUUGUGUCGAUGACGUUUCGACAUAACCUGAAAAAAAUUUAAAAAAAAGUUAUUAAUAAAUUGUUAGUGUAAAAGAAUUAAUGAGGGAAAAAAAGUGAAAAUGAAAGAUUGAUCGAGAAAAAAUUAAAUAGUGAAAGAUUUGUAUAUUUACACUGUAUAUAUUAAUAGGAUAAGUUUUAAAGUGUAAGGUUUUAGUAUAAUAUUCGAAAAUAA